AAAGAUAAUGAAUUUAACGGAAGUAGCAUCCAAUAUCUUUGGAUCAUAUUUUUAUCCACAAAUUAAUCCUCCAAAUGAUGAAACAGUUAGCGAAGACAAUGCAGAUAUCCAGCAAAUAAUUAAAGUAAUUGAUGAACUAUUUGGCACUAUAUUAAUAAAAGAAAGUGGUGUAAAGAAGUUAGAAGAUAAUAGAGAUGGAAGACUUGGACCAAAGUUUGUAGUAUUAGAUACCUCCACUCAUCAUGGUUUAUUUAUUGUAUCGCCUGAUAAGCUUAGUGUCACUGCACAAAGUAAUUUUGGUACGAUGAGGGCAAAUACUGGUGUUUACCGAGGUAAAUGGAUGUACGAAGUACAACUAGGUUCAAAAGGAGUUAUGCAACUAGGCUGGAGUACAAUACAAUGUAAAUUUAGUAAAGAAUUCGGAGUUGGUGAUGUAGUUAAUUCUUAUGCAUUUGAUGGUAAUCGAAUGAGAAAGUGGAAUGUAUCAACGCACAAAUAUGGAGAAUCAUGGCUUUCAGGAGAUAUUAUUGGUUGUACAAUAGAUAUGGAAGAAGGAACAAUGUGCUUUUAUAGAAAUGGAAAAAAUCUUGGUGUAGCCUUUUCAAAAAUAUCAAUGGGUCCAGGCAUUGUUUAUUUUCCAACAGUUAGCUUAGCAUUUGCUGAAAAUUUAACAGCAAAUUUUGGAACAACACCAAUGAGAUAUCCAGUUGAAGGCUAUCAAUUACUUCAAGAAGCUCCUAAUAAUCAGCUACAAAAUUCUCAAAUUUUAUUUAAUUUAUUUGAAAAACUUCUUUAUCAAUAUAAUAGAAUAGAGAGUUUGAGUAAAAGUAAACAAAUUAUCACUAAUAGAACUUUCUUGGCGUGUUUAGCAAGAUGUAUUUUAAAACAAAUUGGUCCAUUGAUCGAAAUUCCUUACAUUACUCAAGAUAUUUUUGUUCCAUUUAUUAAAAAACUUAUAGAAACUGAUAUUUCAAUGCUAUUCACUUGUUUAGAUUUAAUAUGGACUUUUUUAGAAAGUAACGAAAUGAAAAUUUGUUUAGAAACUACCGUAGCAUAUUUAUCAUCGGCAUUUCGUCAAGUAUCGGUUGUUCUUCAAUAUCCUGAUCAACGUACAAUUUUAACAUUGCUUAAUGGCCUUUGUCAACAUAAAAAAACUAGACAAUAUUUGUUGCAAUUUAUUUUAUUUGAUAAAGUAAAGUUUGCUAAUUUUGUUCAUGUCAAACCUUUGGAUGAAGAAUGCUUGAAUAAUCUUAUAGGUGAUAUUUGGUGGGAAACCAAUCCAAUAGAUUUAUCGAUAGAAAACUAUAAACAGGAUUAUAUGAAUGCUUGUGAUAAAAUUAAAUUUUGGAUAUCAGAAGUAGAAACACUCCAGGUUGAUUUAUUGAUAACACUUUUAAACAACGUAGAUGGAAAUGCAACAACACCUACAUCGAGAGAAAUUUUUCUAAGAAAAUUUCGAACGUUUGUUCAAGAAAAUUUAUUAUCAAGUCGGUCUGAAUUUCUACAGCCAAUGCCAAUGUACCAGACACCUUUACCCAUUACGUUAUGUUGUUUUCAUCGACUUUUAGUAGCGUUUAGAAUGUUAUGGGAUGCUGAAAUUGGAACCAGUCCAGUCUUUAUUCCAUACAGAUCAUUCUGUGAUUCAUCUAUAAAUUAUUCAGGAAUCGAUCGAAUUGGUGGAGUUUUGUCUCAUCUUAAUAAAACAUUUAAAAAUGAUUUAAUUCAAUUACUUGGGACGGAUCAUCAAAUAGCAAGAGAAAAUGAAAAUUCUAAUUUAACAUCAAGUCUAUUUGGAGAAUCAUCUAGAUUUUUAGAUUUGCCAGUUAUAUCAGUUUUUGCUCGAAAUUUAAAUUUGAAUUCGAUGAACGUAGGCGGUUCUACUAUUUUAGAAAGGAUAGGCUAUUUUGCUAAUAAUAGAGAAGAUAGAACAGCAAUGCACUUGGGAACAUUAGACUCAACAAUUUCACUUAUUGAAUUGUUAGAUGGAAUUAUAUUAUUUUAUCAUGCAACAGCCAAAAAGCAAAUCGCAAAAGUUGCAUAUAUAAGAGAUCUUAUGUCUGACUAUACCAUUGCAAUGUCGAAUUCUAAAAAUCGAUUAGAAUUAAUUAAAAAUUUGAAGGAUCAGGAAUCUUUAAGUGUUCAAACACAAUUAGUAAAAACAAUCGAUAUAUUUAAAAAAAAAUUAACCGAACAAGCUCGACAUAUGGCUUGGGUUCGAGCAGUUGUAUUCUCGGAAGAAAAGCAAGAGCGAAUAGUGUGGUUAUUAAAAGUUGUCCUGCUUACUUUAACGAAAACAAGCGAAAGCGGUAAUUUAUUCAGUUUCAUUCCUGAAUUUUAUUUAAAGGUCUUAGCGGAUUUAAUCACUGGACUGAAAAACCACAUUCAUCCAACAGUUCCGAUAGAAAAUAUUGCCAGCUUCAAAGAAAUAUUACAAGAUAUAGCAGAAUUUUUAUGUAAUCAUUUUCUAGACACCCGAAUUGUAAAUGCGAACUCAAAAGAUACAUUGAUUUUUAUAUUGGCUGGUUUUGCUUCAAAUUCAAUGACUCUUGAUGCGUUAGAAAGCGUUUCAAGAGAAUCUAGACAUAAAAUGGUUUCAAAUUUAUUAAAAUCGUACGAAAACAGAGCCUGGGCUCAAUCUAAUUGGAUUUUAGUAAGAUUUUGGCAAGGUCAUGGGUUUGCAUUUCGAUAUGAUAAAAGUCCUCAUGUAACUAAAAAAGUAGGGCCGAAAAUCUUAAAUCAAGAAUCUAUGGCGCAACCCAUAAAACCAUGUCCAUCAUUAAUAUAUCAAAAUCAUAUUACAGAAGUUUUAUUGAACAAUAAUCAAACCACAACUUUGUUUUUAAAUUCAUUGCUUAAUCAAUUGAAUUGGGCCUUCUCAGAAUUUAUUGGAAUGGUGCAAGAGAUUCAUAAUGCAUCUGCAAGACCAGAACGCGUUCUAAUCGAAUUACGACAAUUGAGAAUCUGUGCUACUUGUUUUGAUUUGGCUGUAUCACUUUUAAGAGUUUUAGAAAUGAUUGCUUCUGUAGCCAACGAUGUUUUUACAGAUGUCACUUUAACAUCCACGGAAAGCCUUUUGGCUAGAUUAUGUCAGUUGCUUUGUCAAAUAUUAAAUAGAACAAGCAUGCAGACAAGUUCUUUUCAGCAUGUUGUGCUCUUAGAUAUACCCGAGCUUCAGUCAGUCGAUCAUUUUCCAAUUUUAACUGCUGUUAUUGGAAUUAUUCUAGCUUUAUUGAAGGAAGAUAUGUUAUUAUCUGAAUCAGAUGAAAUCCCAAAGGUAACAAAGGCAUUUAUAACCGAACCGAGCUUUCAAAUGACUUCUCUGCAUUUUGUAUUGGGUGCUGUUAAAAAUACGAAAAUUAAACAUGUGAAAACAUUUUCAUUUUUAAAUUACGAAAAUGACGUAUCGCAAAUGGAAAUUGAUUCUGUGAAGAAAAUGAUACAUCAUUUAGAUUAUUACCGUACAAAAUUAUCAUCGGCUGAAACACCAUGUAACGAUGACGAUUUGUGCACAAUUUGUUAUGCCUUUUCAAUUUCUGUUAUAUUUAAGCCUUGUAAUCAUACGUCUUGCCGCGCUUGCAUAGAUCGACAUCUUUUAAAUAACAGAAAUUGUUUUUUCUGUAAAACAACAAUAAGUCAAGUUGAGACUACCGAUGGAAAAAUCUUACACCAUUUUUCAAGCGACUCUUCUAUUCAAGAUUCGAUGGAAUCUGAUAACUCAAUCCAGUCGUAAAACUGGAUUAUUUGUUAUAUUACGAAGUUAAUGUUGUUUGCGUGAAAUUUUAUUAAAAGAAAUAAUUAAA